CAAAUUGCGGAAGUAACUAAUCGGUGCCUCUCCGUCGUCAUGGUGCUGACAGUUGGUUUCUGCGGGCUCACCCGGCGACUCUCUGUGAUAGCCCGGCGUCGAGUCUACUCGAGUGGACAUGACGACUGACACGCGGGCACUGACAAGGGGCGACUGUUCGAGAAAGUGGGGAAGAACAAUGAAGUUAGCGACGCUGCUCUUUUAUGGCAUCGCUCUGGGGCUCGUCGCUGUCGGGCUGAGAGAGGUGCUCACUGGCUUUGAGGAGGACAGAUGCAGUAUGACCUACAUGUUCCAAUACCCCGAAUAUCGGCGUGUGCCGCUGCCUCACCGGGUGGCCAGACGAUACCCGGCGUACGGGCUCUAUCUGUACGGGGAGGGUGCGUACGCUCAAGAGACCCGCGAGCUUCAGCUCUUCGGGGCCCCUGUGAUCUUUCUGCAUGGAAAUUCAGGAAGCUACAAGCAAGUGCGUUCGCUGGGUUCGGUGGCCUUGAGGAAGGCGGAGUCUGCGCCAGGCGGUCUCCAUUUCAACGUGUUCACCGUGGACUUCAACGAAGAACUGGUGGCCCUGUACGGCGGCAGUUUACGGCGGCAGACGCUCUUCCUACACGAGAGCAUCAAGGCCAUCCUGAAACUUUACAAGCACCUAAAGACACCGGCCCAGAGCGUGGUUCUUGUGGGCCACUCCAUGGGCGGAUUGGUAGCCCGGGCGCUGUUCACGUUGCCCAACUUCAAUGCCAGUCUGGUCCAUCUUAUCAUCACCCAGGCGACCCCUCACUUGGCCCCGGUGCUGGUCUUGGACCAUUACCUGCGGGAUUUCUAUUUGUCGCUGAGGAAAAAGUGGGUGCGGCGGGCAGAUGAACUGCGGAACGUCACGGUCCUGUCAAUUGGCGGUGGGCACCGCGAUUACCAAGUGCGCUCUGGUCUCAUCUCCAUACCUUGUUCUCCAGGAGACGCAACUAAAUUGUCAUUGGUGGCCACUGCGGUCCCGAGGACCUGGGUUUCCACUGACCACCUAUCCAUAGUGUGGUGCAAAGAGCUGGUUCUCACUACCGUCAGGGCUUUCUUUGACCUCAUCGAUCCUGAAACAAGACAAUUCACAGACAACCAAGCUAAGAGGAGUGCUGUGCUCCACCACCACUUUGUUAGACACUCCGCCCGAAUGCUAGGAGACACUCAAGAAGCCUCUUUUCCCAUCCAAGAUGCGCCAGAGGCUUGGAGUGAAGUGAACUCUCUGCGUCUGGCAUAUAGGACACCAAAGGAAGUCGAGGUCAAAUACUUCACGUUCGCCCUUUCAAGUCGCAGGAAGGCCGACAGUCAUUUCUACUGUCGGAGCAACAACCUAGACAUGACCAGCUGGGUAUACGGCUGCGUGCGCCAGAAUGGCUCUUCGUGUGUGCACACAGUGGACUUGUCCAACGGGACUGAGCUCCUUCCGCUAUACAAGGUGUUGAUGCUGAGUCUCAGUGACCUGUCUUCAUUCACUCAUGUGGUGGUGUCGGCCCCCAACGUCAGUGGAAAACAGUUCACGCUGGAGUGCGAGUGGCAGAGACAACAAUCUCUGGCUCUGUCACUACCUGUCCCUCACGUUCUGUCCUUAGGUUUGACAGUCAGCGAAGUUACAGUGAACUCCAGUGGACUUUUCCACACCAUCGAGCUGCAACACUUUCAUGAGGUCUAUCAGGCUUUCAGAAUUCACAUUGCCAGUGAGUGUAAAGCACGGAAAGUGGGUCGAUCGCCCAGCGUCUUUAGAAUGAAGGUACCGUGGUUCUUUGAAGAUGUUUUCACAACAGCCAGUGUACCAUCAGCGGUGGAAAUUUCAGGGAUGCUCCACACUAAUCGUCCCGACAACGUGUCAAGUGUCGUCCUUCAGCUCCACACUUCCCCCAACUGCCAAUAUAAGGUCUCGGUUCGGUUGUCAUUACCCAAGAUAUUGGGACAGAUCCUGCGCUUCUUUCUCCCCAUGGUGCCGGUGUACACGACUGUAACUCUCCUGCUGGCCUGCGGUGGGCAGCUGUCCAACAUCUACAAGACACAAAGAGCUGCGUCCAUGAGCCUCGUGCUCUCCAAAGGCCUCCAACCUCACAAAGUCAACGUGUCUGUUUAUAUCCUUCACGUCCUAUUCAGUUGCAGUUGGUUAAAAAGCACCUGGUCACUGCUUUGCCUCCCCAUGAUGGAUGUCGCUCCUCCCAUCUUCCCCGACGUGGCGCUUGACGAUGACGCGACGCCGUGUGCGGAAUGGCCCUACCUCGUGCAUCCGCUCCUCUACGUCAUCGGCGCCGCCGUGGCGUUCUGGGGUAGCGCGCUGCUCCGACUCGGCGUGCGGCUUGUUUCACUGAUAUUAGCUGUGCUGCACAGGUCGUCCAUCUCAAGGGACUGCGGCACUCUGCGCCUGCGCACCCAGCUCCUCAUCUCGAUAUUUCUGACGAUCUUGGGCUGGAACACCUGUGGAGCAGUGCCAAUCAUGGCUGCCUUUGCGUUCCACCUGUACAGGGUACUGAGACUACAGAUGGCCGAAAGGUCCUUGCGUCACAUUCUCAAUCUGGCACCUCAGAAGCACAAAAAAUAUUCCAUAACAGAGGCCAGAGAAUGUAACAAUGCUCCGCUGCUGUCAGAAUGUGCGCUAUGGGAGGUCAAAGAUGACCUGCAGCUCCACCUGUGUCUGUCGGCCCUCCUUACCAUACCCGUGAUGCUCAGCGCACCCUCGCUCGUCCACUGGAGCCGCAAUCUGGGCUACUCCACCCAGCUCGAUCCUGACCCCUAUUGGCCAUACUUUGUCCCUCUGUGCGUCGUGUACUUGAGGCUGAUUAACUGCAACACUCAGAAGCUCACCAACAGCAAACUGCUCCACCCGACGUCAUUCCUCCCGUUACCCGUGUCUGUCGCCAUGGUGAUCUUCUGCCCGAUGCACCUGUACAGAGUGACGUACUUCCUCUUGGGAGCCCUCGUCCCCCUGGCGCUAUGUUGUGUCCUCUGAUGGUACCUGGUUCUGUUUUUUUUCUUCCCCUCUUUCUUUCUAAUAAGCCUCGCCACUCGAAGAUCUUUGUUGUUUGCCUUGAGGCAGAGCCGUAGACAUACAUUACACGGUGAACCGCCUUCUCGAUAUACAGCGGUGCCUUGACUAACGAGUGAAGAGAAUGAGACUUAUUUUAAUAAUGUUGCAAGAAGUGCAAUGGGUUGUGCCGGGUUUUUUUUUCUUAUUAGAAAAAGGUGGAAGGGAUCCGUGGGGGACUGGACCGGAUGAAAACUAUCCCCGGUCAUUUCAGUGUGGAAAAAGGAUUUGGGGACCAAGCGUUUUUGAGUUACGCACAUUCUCACAGAGCAAAUGAAACUCACAAGUCAAGGCACCACUGCGUCGGCAUGCAAAGCUCCACUCGCGAUGCUGCCAAUAAGGACCACUCUGGUGAACCAAGUUUGCCUUCCGCUGUAUAUCUAUCGCUCUGCCCACCCGCACGCCUUCAAUAAGCGAGGUAUGCUGCUGAUAAGUAAGCUUAUUGACAGGGUUGUACCCAUUUGAAUGUUGUUUUUGUGUCUUUUUUAAUAGUUUUUUUUUCGCGAUACUGUUUCACUGUGUCAUCAGUCCUACACUGCCUUUACCGACGGACUGUUGAAGUUUAGCCUCAUCUGUUGCCGCUCGUCACGCAUUCCUUAACUUAGGAGAACCCAAAAGCGGACACCUACGAGCCGAUGCGGUCCAGUAGGCCACGUUAUGCAGAACACAACAUUAAUAGUUGCAGCAAAAUGAAACGCACGACAUAUGACAUUUUUAUGUAACAGGUAAUUGGAUCAUUGGAGUGGCUGCCCGUGCAGCAAGUGUGAAAUUACACCACAGUCUUUCGGAAGCAAGGAGAGCCACCUAUGGAUUUGUAUACAAGCAAGAGAAAGCUCUUUUCCCCGUUGGAAUUGCGGAGAGCAUAUUUACAUAUUGAAAUUGCAUAUUCAUAAGUUGAAUAACAAUCAGUUGACCUCUGUCCGUGUGGACGCCAGAUGCCUUCAGACCCGGAAUGGAGCGUUUGUCAGAGCUUCGAGCGUUGCGCUCACUUUCGCAGCCUACUUCACACGACAGCGCCUCAGUGGCUCCUCCAGAUGAGACGCGUCGCUGCCACCAAGCGAUAACGACUAUUAUCGUUACAGUAAUACACCACAUUAUUUUAUUUGCGAGCUUCUCUUUAACGCGAUAUGUUGAAUCAGGUAAAUGAUUCCUGUUUUUUUUUUUCUUCAAUUGACAUUUGACUGUUAUUAGUACUACACUCAUUUCAUUUUUUGCGCUCUGAUCUCCCCCCCCCCCCCCCCCCCCAAGAAAACACACAAGUGCUUUUGACAUAGAACGUCAAAUUACAAGAAACCAUCUCCAUUCAUCCUCCGCUUUGGGUCCCGAGAGCCUUCGCACCUAUUUACAGGCAAAUUGUCAUAUUUCUCAGGAGCAUCAAUCACGUUUCUUGAUCCCCC